UUAAAAACACCGGUUUCAGUGAGAGAAACGUAAAGGUUUUAUUUAAUUGAGUUUGUUUUGGGACCCGAUUUUUAUAUCAGGGGACUUAUCGGUAUCAACAUGACGCAUGGACCGAGGACCCGGAGGAUCUCCAGAGUGGAGAACAUGAAAGUCCCUCCACGAAGACCAAGUGCCUGGUUUGGCUGCAGACACAUGCAGAUUCUCCUCUUGACCCUAGGAUUUUUCACGUGCUACGCAGUGAGAGUUGCCCUGUCCAUCUCCCUCGUGGCAAUGACCAACUCCAAGCACGCGAAUCCGGAUUUUACAGAAUUCAAAUGGGACGAUGCGACUCAGAACACUAUUCUGAGCUCAUUCUUCUGGGGAUAUGUAAUUACUCAUAUACCGGGUGGUGCUCUAGCUCAAAAAUUCGGAGCUCAAAAAUUAUUUGCACUUGCUGUUGGCCUCUGUGGAGUAGUGACGAUGUUAAUUCCAACGGCGGCGAUGUACGGAGGAUGGCAAGCUGUCGUGGUCCUCAGAAUUCUCACCGGAUGUUGUCAGGGUGUUGUACCCCCAUGUAUACAUACCCUGUUAUCCAAAUGGAUACCCCUGGAGGAGAGGGGAAGAGCAGGAAGCUGCACUUACUCCGGGGGUUGGCUAGGAAAUGUAAUAGCCCUGUUAACGUGUGGAGAAUUAUCGAAGUCAGUUCUUGGAUGGCCAGGGAGUUUCUACACUUGGGGGGGAAUAGCCUUCCUCUGGGCCGUCAUCUUCCUGAUCUUCGGGAAAGAUUCCCCAGGCGAUCACCCGAAAAUUCCACAGGACGAGAAAGAAUAUAUUGAAGUGAGCUUGGGAGUUACAGAAACCGUCGAGACAUUAAAAACACCUUGGGUAUCGAUCAUGACCUCGAUUCCUGUCUGGGCACUGCUGAUUGCUCAGUGCUCGCAGGCCUGGGGCUUCUGGAUGCUCCUCACCAAGACACCAGCCUACAUGGACAAGGCACUGCAUUAUGAUAUCGACGAGAACGGGCGAGUGUCAGCACUACCAUAUUUGGCAGCAUGGCUACUUGGUUUUCCCAUAAGUUACGCAUCGGACAGGCUCGUUAAAGCCGGCUACGUAUCCCUAGUCACCAUGCGAAAGAUAGCAAAUACGAUUGGUGAAUUUAUUCCAGCAGCUGCAUUAAUUGGACUUGGAUACGUUGACAGUGAGCAUCGGGAAAUUGCGGUCGGUGUCCUUGUCACAUCGGUGGGAUUCAAUGUUGCUGUAUUUAGUGGCCAUCAGAUGAAUCACAUGGAUCUCAGUCCAAAUUUUGCUGGUAUACUCAUGGGAAUCACCAACGCCGCUGCCAAUAUCUGUGGAAUCGCAGCACCUCUCAUCUGUGGACUCAUUGUUACCAAUACCAGUGACGUACACCAGUGGAGAAAAAUCUAUUUCAUAUCCGCUGGAAUUUAUGUGAUUGGAAAUUUGGCAUUCGUGCUGUUUGGAAAGGCAACUGUACAGCCAUGGAAUGACACAACUACACACAUCGAGGAUCACGAAAUCUCCACAAUCCCUGAGGGACCCAAAAGUCUCGAUGAGAAAGGCAUUGCCGAAAAGAGUGAAAUUAUCCAGUAAUUCUGUGAUUCUUGGAAAAUAUCCGAGUAAUUCACAGAUGAAUUUGCAUUUCACAUCAUCAUAAUGUAGAUAAUUAAUAUUUAUUUCAGGUAAUUUAAGAAUACACCCUGUAAAAACGA